AUGAAGAAAAAUAAUAAUUUAGGAAAAAUAAUUCCUUAUAUUGAUAAUGGAAAGAAGCGUAAUGUCAUACACAACAAUAAUGGUUUGACAUUAAGAAAAUGUUAUAGGAAAAAUGAAAUAAAAAUUUUACUUUUAAUUCUUAAGAAUCCAAAUAAAAGGGUAUACGGCUUGGAGCAUGAAAAUGCUUGGGAGGUUAAUCGAAGAAAAUCAGAAUCAUCGGGUUCAGUAUUUCCGUCAGGACUGAGAGUACGAGACGUUUAUCAUAAAAGAGAAGAUGUAAGAGAAAUUGAUCAAAAUGAGAUAGUUAAAACAGAAAUGACUGAGUAUCUUACAGGAAUAGAUAAUUUGAAUAAAAAAGAUAUGUAUAAUUAUAUUAAGUCCAAUUGUGAAGAAUCAAGUUGUAGUGAUAUGAAGUUACUUUUUAAGAAGUUUUCAAAAUUCCGUAAAGGCAUUGUUGUUUUAGACGUUUUUGUUUUUCUUGUACUUCUAUAUGUUUUAUUAUCGGGAGCAUUAAUACCAGUUAAUCAUUUUUUGAAAUUUUUUGUUCUUAAGGAGUUAUAUUAUGGUAUUCCGUACUUAAUUGUACCCGUUUUUAUAAUUCUUUUUUUUAUAAAAUAUAAGAUAAUAUCCAAAAUUAAAGGAGACGUUGAAAGCAAUAAAUUAUAUUAUCCUUAUUGA